AUGGCAGAUCCGCGCCCAAAACACGCAAAUGCAGAUAAGCGACACGGAGGAGAAAAGAAUGAGCGUCGAGGGAAUGGCGAACAAAAAUCUCGAACUCACGGUAAACAAUUCUUCGUCAAAGGACGAGUGUUUAGUACCGCUUCUGAAGAUUCCGGUCAGACCUUUCUUGUCAUUAGAGAAUCGCAGGAAAGUCCUGAUGAUAAUGGAACGCAUUGUACGUGUCUAUCCGUAUUACCAUAUAGGAAAGAUAUGGAUAUAUCCGAAUGCGGGAUUAUCCACGCGAGUUCCACAACAUCACCACCUCAAUCGAUUAAGGGUGUGAAGUAUAAAGCAUUACAAGUAGAUGUUGCGAGGGAUGUGAGGUUUGAUGCACAGAACCAGAUGUUGGUUAAUUAUAUUAAGAUGUUUAAUGUGGAUACGAAUACGGAGGUGAAGGAUGUGGGGAAGUUGAGGGCCGAAUCGUUGGAGGAGGCGAUGGUUAAUUUUAAGGAUGCGUUGUUUGAUGGACCGGGGGAGAAAGAUGUGAGGGAUGGUAAUGGGAGGGAUAAUAAGCAUGCAAGGAGAAAGGGAAAGGGUGAGGAGGAGAACUCAAGGAAAGUACCGCGGGGGAAUAGGGAUCAAGGGAAAUUACAUUCUAAUAAGGGACCGGUGGCACCUAAUACACGUUCUGCACCUACGGCAGCAUCUAAUUCUGGCUCUGGUCCUGGAUCUGGUCCUAAUUCCGGUUCUACACCCAGUAGUUCAGAAGCCACAAACAAAAAACCCAAACUACGUAACCUCGAAGUACCACAAGAUACGAAACGACAGAAGCCCAAAGGAUCAUCUUCUUACGAUUCAGAUAGAGGAAUAGACGACGAUUCCAAAUCCCCAACACAAGCCAAAGGUUUAGAAAAUAAACGAUUACAAGAUGGUAAAAAUCAUCAGCGAGGGGUUGCUUCUCUACCCAUAGACCAGGCCCGUGGUACUGGUACUGGUGCUAAAGAUCGCCACGGAAGAGAAGUGCCGAUGAAACGGGUAGAUGAAAGUGAUUUACCGAAUGAUUCUUCACGUCCGGAUAUGAUGCGUGGUGGAGUGGAUGGACGGACGGGUAGAUUGUUGGGGGCGAAGCCGCCACAUUCGCCUACGAGGAGAAAUUUAAAUAAUCGUCGGGAUGGCGAUGAUGUUCAUAAGCCUUCUAAUUCGGAGGGUCACGUUCCAGAUUCGUCGGAUAGAGGUAGACAAAGGGAUAGAAAUCAUCCGGGGGUUUUACGGGAUACAGUACCGUCACGUAGGGAUGAUGCUCUUGGGAGAAAUGACAAUUUACCGAGGGAGGAUGCUUUUAAGAGGAGUGAGAAUCUGCCGAGAGAGGAUGCUCUCAAGAGAAAUGAUGUUCUACCGAGAGAGGAUGCUCUUAGAAGAAAUGACAAUUUACCAAGAAACGAUGGCCGACCUGGGAACCCUCAAUCUCCCGGUGAAGCACUUGAUAACGGAAAGCGAAAUCCAGGGUCAGAACGGGAAGAUAACAACCCCGUUAAUAGGAAACAUGGCCACAAAGGAAAAGGUCCACCUCAAGAUGCAAGAAGCGGUCUUCCCUCUCCAACAGGACGAAGAGAAAUCCCACCCAAUGGAAAAUCCGCACGUGGAAUUCCUCCUGAUGAAAAUCGUGGUCGUCCAGGAGACAUCAGAAGUGAGCGUAAAAUUUCCAAUGGUGGCGAUAUAGGACGUCCAUCAGAACCAGCUCCAGCAAGACAUGAUCCUCGUGCAAUGCCUAUUGAAACCGACCUACCGAACAGAGCUCCACCUGGUGCAUUGUCUGGACGUAAUGGAAAGGGAGUUCCAACAGCUGCUGGCGGCCCUCUGGGACGACCACCUGAUCGCAGACCUCAUAUACCUAAUAACCCCCGCCCAUAUGGACGUGAGCCUCCUCAAUCUAAUGGAGGUGAUCGCCGACCGAUGCGGCCUCCUGCAGGAAACAGUGCUCCUCCUCCAUCGGAUCCUAGAAGAUCAGAUCAGCGGCGUUCCAUUUCCCCGCGACGUCCUGCAUCACCGGCUAGUUCUUCAAGGCCUCAGGGGGAUGAUGCAGGUGCAUCGUCCAGAUCUCCUGCAGCACCUGCUAGUUCUUCGAGGUCUCAAGGGGGUAGUGCAGGUGUAUCUUCCAGAUCUCCUGCACAGCCAUAUUCUCGAGGUAGACCACCACCAAAUAGCAGGGGACCACCAUCAUCGGGUGGUAGAGGACCAUCUGGUAGAAAUUCUUCUCCUAAAAGGAAUCUACCGCGGUUGAAUACAUCUAGAUCCAGAUCGCCGGGUGGCGGCCAUUCUUCCGCGAGGAAUUCAUCGCCUAGGUCGGGAGGCUCUUCAGGUGGUGGAUCACCUGGUGCUUCAUCGCCCAUGUCAGGGGACUCGGAUCGUGGAUCUUCGGGUAGUUUGUCGCCGGGUGGUUCGGCGGGUGGUACAUCGCCAGGGGGUUCGUCUGGUGGGUCUUCGGGUAGCCUUCAAGAGUCUCCAGUGGGAUCUGAAGGAGGUUCCCAGGGAGGUUCCCGGGAAGGUUCACCUACAGACUCUAAAGCAAGUGGAUCUCUAAUGGACUCACCUACAGAUUCCAAAGAAAGUGGAUCCCCAGCAGACUCACCUACAGAUUCUAAAGCAAGUGGAUCUCUAAUGGACUCACCUACAGAUUCCACAGCAAGUGGCUCUCCAAUAAACUCACCUACAGAUUCCACAGCAAGUAAAUCCCCUGUUGAUUCGCCCCAAGGACAGUCCCCAAUGGCAGAUUCUCCAUCUCAGUCACCCAUGGACAGUGAACCUCCCAGUCCUUCAAUGACAGCAAGACCACGAUCUAUAAGCCCUCCACCAUCGACAAGAGCUCAAUCUAGAGAAUCUUCGCCUGUGCCAGGCUCAUCUACGAGUCCUAACUCUGAAGAUAGCCCUGGUCCCGGUACAGGUCGGGGAGGUGUCAGACGACGAGGUCGAAAAGGAAAGCCUAAACAUGCACUUGAUGAUGGCCAAUCACGUACCCAGACUGCUGAUAUUGACGAACCUUAUUUCGCCGAUGAUUGUUGCUGUGGUGGUGAUUUCUCUACAUGGUGGAAGGGUGUUUCAGAUUGGCUAAAUGGAGUUGGACAGGAAGAGUGGAUUCAAAUGGAAGAUCAGGAAAAUAAUGGGAAGAGUGAUCAAGAAUCAGAAACGGAUCCAGUCUCAGAGAAUGAAGAUUCAAGCUCGGUUACGAGCGGUGCAGAUCCUAGUAGUCCUUCAUCAACAAAGGAUCCAUUUACAGAUGAACAAGACGAUGAUGCAAGUACAGCAGUCAAUUCAGACGAGGAAAAUAGUGGUGAUGAUCAGGAUUCUGGCAGUGAUGAUGAAGAUGAAGAUAGCUUUGACGAAGAAGAUUCGGAUGGCGAUACUCGCUCGAAUUCUGAUGUGGAAUCUGAUGAUGAAAGCGACAAUGGAGAAGAAUCCGACAAUUCAUCUACCGCAAGUUCGAGGCGGUCAUCUACAGCGGUGGCUUCUGAGCUUGAUCACCAAGAUUCUGUUCACGAAUCUGAGGAUCAUCCUGAUAGUCCACCAGAAGAUACUUUCCCUGUAAACAAUGAUUCUUAUUUUGCAAACAAUCAGCACAUACAAACACCACAGGAUUCUUACAGUUACGCGCCCAAUGAUGAUCGCUCUUACAUGGGUCAACACCAUUACACACCUCCGAAUGGCUAUACGACAAAUCAUAGUGACAUGCCGCCCCAAGAGCUGGACAGUGCCAGUCCAGCCAACUACUCCUCGAAAUCUACUGCGACUUUUUCUCCAGAUAUACCCCAAUACGCAGCAGAACUGGCCACCGACAACAGUGAUCCGCCUUGGCCACCGCCCUAUGCCAGCAUUCCCUCCACUCCCCAACAAUUAUCCCGUCCUCGUUCUACUCGUUUCGAACUUGCCUGCGAGCGCGAUCCAGUAGAAUUAGAAGUCCCAUCCACAAGUACCCGUGGUAAAUUAGAGCUUUUUCUUCCGCCCUCUCUUACUCCCGGUGUGGCUACUCCUCGUGCGUUUUCGCCUUUUUCUGCAUUGGCUUCUGUGAGAUCUCCGCCGGGAGUUCAAUAUUCUCCCAUGCCGCAAAUUUCCUGGACACCUCCGCAGAAACAGUUCAUACCGUACCAAGCUCCUGAGCAGUUGCAGACAAAUAUGUCAGUACGGGGUCCACAGGCUAAUUUUGGAUCUUAUACACCUCAGCCACAGCUAAGAACUGGAAUGAAUUAUGCACCGCAGUUGCCACAAGUGCCACUUCCUACGUAUCCGGGUGCGCCGAGAUAUGAUGCGAGAGGUAAUAAAUUUCAUGGGCAAGCUGGAAUAUUGAAUACGCCACCUCCUUUAGUGCCGGCUAGAAGCGAGAUGAGGCCGCCUAGUUUGCUUCCGCUGCUUCAUUCGUCGAGAGAUGUGGUUGGGUUGGACUCUGUACAUGAUGGACGGAAUGUGAGAGGAGGGAAUGGACAGAGAGAGGGUAGUCAAGGUUUAAGAGGUGAGGAUGGAAAUGAGGGUGUGGAGAGUGGGUCGGAUUCGGAUUCUGAGCCAGACUCGGAUGAUGGUGAUGAGGAAUUAGAAAGUGAUGGUGAAAAUGAUGAUGGGCAUCAUCGCCAUCAAAAUCAUACCCAUAUGAAUGGCAACAAUGAAGAUAGCGAUAGCGACAAUGACAGUGAUCUCGAUAGCGGAUUCGGAACAUACGAUGAAGAUUUAGUAGAGAGACAGGAGGAGGAUAUGCAGACUGCUCACCAUGAAGCGUCACCAAGCUCAAGCAGUGCAGAUUAUUUGCCGAGGAAUAAUAAUAAUUUGUUGGCUCGAGCUCCUGCUCCUGAAGAACAACUCGGUGAUAAUGUGUCUCCAGAUCAACGUAGAGAAUCUACGAUGCAGCAGAGAUAUCAGGCAGAAAUGGGAGGACAAGGAGAUGAAAGGGCGAAUACUUCGCGAGGACAAUUGAGGUCAUCGGGACCUGGUAAACAUGAGAAUUCUGCGCCGCGCCAGUCACGAGAAAGAGCUGAGAAACCAGAACGUAAGCGGGGGGAUCGACGAGCUGAGAUAUCUCGUACGGGUGGGAAGACUGGGGAGAUGGAGAAGGAAAAUGAAAAUGAAGAGAAGUUGGUGGGUCAUGAUGAUGGUAGUGAUGAUGAACCGGAGCUUGAAGGAGAGCUGGAAGGAAGUGAAGACGAAGAAUAUGAUGAUAUAAAUGUAAACGCAAACACAAAUGUAAAUCAGGAAAUAGAUAGCGAUGAUGAUGAUGAUGAAAGUUUAGCGCCACCGUCUCCGGUUCAAGCUAAAAUUGGAGGAGAUGUAAAGAAGGGGGGGAGAAAGCGGGAUCAGGGAUAUGGUAAGGGUGGUGAGGGAAAAAGAGGGAAUGUGAAGGGGAGAGGGGGAGAGAAAGGAGGGGAAGAGAGGAGUGGGAAGAGUGAGAGGGGGAAGAAGAGUGAUAAGAGUGAGAAGGGUGAGAGGCAUGGGAGUGAAAAAGAUGAUAGGGGGAAAGAUGGGGAGGGUGUGCAUGCUGCCAGUGGAGGAAAAUUGAAGAAAACUUGGGAUUUUUUGAAGAAGUUGGAUUACCAUGAGUGA